GAAUCGGUGAUUUUCAGGAACCGAUUCUUUGUGGCGCCGACUCCCAGCGCUGUGUAGCUCUCUAGAAGUGAGUGAGUGGAGGGAAAGGUGUAGCUGCAGACACAAGGGGCUUUACAACGUGCUGCCUUUGGCCGAGUUUCAGACGAUCCAGACAUGAAGCGGAGGAGACCUGACUGUGAACCGUUGGGAUCUGGGACGCCCCCUCCGGCUCUGACGCGCUCUAACGCCGAGGUUCGAAGUAUGGUCUCCCAAGAAGUCCGUUCUGCUGUUGAACAAACUGACAAAAUGAUGAAGUCUCUGAUGGAGAGAAUUCAGGAGAUGGACAGCGAACCCAGGUUUGAUGCAAGAAUCAAGAAACUUCAGGCUCAUGUAAAGAAGGUCAAACGAAGAGGAGAUGCCGUCUUUGUGUACAUUCGGAAGCAUGGCAUUUCAGAGAUGUCCCAGAAUCAGCAAAGAUCACUUGGUUCACUGCAGACUCUCACGGCCGUGUCGGAGAUGAAGAACAUCAGUUCUGCCAACGGAGAGUGUUCUGGUGACGGCACAUCAACAUCAGCAGUCAUUGACUGCGAGGGAGUCGUGGUGAGAAAACCUAAGGAUGGCUUUUGGCAGAGUUUGCGGUCCAAGAAACAGAUUGUGGACCUGACGGAUGAAGCAGAAGCGUGCAGACAAAAUGGGAAAAGGCACACCGACUCCCCUCUAACGGCUCAGGCUUCAGUGCAGAAAGAUGAUACUAAGGCAUCUGCACUUGAACGGCCAAAGAGUCCAUGUACAGACGUAGAGGAGAAGAGGUCUGCGGCAGAGGCAGCUCAGGCUGGCCUGCCGUCAAAGCUUCCUCCGUUUCCGGACACUCCGUUUCCCAGUCAGCUGCCUUUGGCGGCUGCCACCAAAAACCUGCCCCAGAAGCCUGUGGUGAAGGUGGCUCGCAUCGACAACCCACAAGGCAUCGCCCUGCUAUGGAACGUCGAGGAGGAGGACCCCCACGCUCCGGACAUGGACUGCUAUUACAUAUACGUAACCCAGGAACACAGUGAUGGCACUUUUUGCAAGUGGAAAACCAUGGGAAUUAUCAAAGCGAUGCCUCUGCCUAUGGCCUGUAGGGUCACGGGUCGGUCGGUAGGCAGCGCGCUGCACUUCGUCAUCAUCGGGAAGGACAUCUACGGACGCUACGGACCGUACAGUAACAUACAGACUGUUGUGGCCAACAAAACUUGAUCACUUUUACACUGACGCAUUGUGACCCUUUUAACUCCACGUAAAGCAUUAGAGCGCUUUCAAUAAAGGCAUUUAGGGGUAAAGUUUCAGCAUCAUUACAUCUGAAGCCUUAUUGAGCUCUAGGGAUUUUAGAGUGCUGACUACUCUUAACAGUAUUAUCAGGGAAUGGUUUUGUACAACAGCCUCAGGUGAAUUGUUUAUUGUUACAGUAAGACGUAAUCAUCAUUUAUCUUCUCAGAUUCGGAGCAGCGAACACCAGUUUAUACAGAAUCCUGUAGUUGUGUUAUCAGAAGCUUCGGCAUGGAAGCGGAGAGGACAGGAUUUAGGCGUGAGGGAAUGAUCGCCGACACAAACAGAGGUGACGUUUAAUGUAAAAUACAUUUAUUUGACUUCAAAAAACACAAUAUUGAGCCCUUGUGGUUGGGAGUCAGUUACUGGAAACAGAAGCAACUGAACAGACUUUACCAAGCAGACAAGCGAAAACGGUUCCAAACAAAAAGCUGCCAUUGUAGCUUCAUUCCAAUUUCAAAGCCUUCAGUAAUAUCCAACAAGAUUGAUUCAUAGGGGGAUCGGGGGGGGGGGCAGGGAACAGAUUCAAGCUUGUUGGAAUAAUACUUCAUUACAAAAAAUAUUAACAGUCCACAUAAUAAAUACAGCUCAACUGAACUCUUCCAGAUUGCCCGUUAUGCCUCCUCAGGCGUCACAGAAUUAAAUACCAAGAGGAAACGGUGUGACCAGACUGUACAGCCUCUUUCAGCAUUUUCAAACGUAAAAUCCUACUGAAGCCUUUAUUCCAAUGCCUAAUAAACUACAAUUGGUGUCUGUUUUAAUAUUGAUGGUACGCUAAAUGCAGGUAAAAUAAAACAUGCAGUAUAACUAAGGAACACACAAAAAACCGUAUACAAGCUUUUAAAGGCAUAAUAAACACAUCCUGCCAUGUUUUGUUCAGCUUCAAGUAUGAAGUAGUGCUUAGCAAAUUGGCAGCAUACUUUAAUCUUUUCUAACUUUUUUUUAUUUUAUUUUAUUUUUUUUUUAAACCCUAUAAAUCCUACACUUUAAGUCUGACUCCUUAGGAUUGGUCCUAACGUCUGCAUAGUCAAGUAUUACCAAGCCAAUUUUGCCUCCGUCUUACAUAUUUUGGUACACUUUACUGCAGGGUAUGUAAGGCUUUAUGACUCCUACAUAAGCUAGUCGUGACAACCAACAUAAACAUUUAUAGGAUAGGAUUUUUUUUUUGGGUGGGGGGGCAUAAUGGGACCACAAUCCCUGUUUAGGGGCCAAAUAAAUGCCUUCAAAUUCAAAGUAAUGGUCUCAAUGUCGUUAAAUACGUUUGUUAUAAUGAGAACAUUUUCUACAGCCUCAACCUCACUACUGAUAGAGCUCAUUUCAUUGAUUAUUUCAGAUACUAGGCUUCGUCCUUUAGAGAAAUUGUUAUUUUAAUAUGAAGGUAUUCUGUUGCAUUCUGUGAAUAAAAUGCUGGGAAAGAAGUAAA